GGGAAAAGAAAAAAGCAGAAACUUCUCAAUGGUCAGUCUUUUGGCUCCUCAGGAGAAUAGAGACAAAGCCUCAAUUGCCUGCCAUCUUCCACUGUUCCUAACCUGUGAAUCCCCCUCUGCUCUGGCUCCAAAACACCCACCUUUAAUGCCGAUCGACGCCUCAAGAGUUUGAUCUCUCUCCCAAAGCUCUCGCCUUUUGUCGUCCUCGAUCGCCAGCAGCCAUUUGUUCUCCCUCCCCGCAUCACAAAAUCCCUCCUUUUCCGUGUUCCAGUUGUUAUCCCUCCCCGCACCACAAAAUCCCUCCUUUUUCGUGCUCCUACCUUCUAUCUCUGCGAGACAACCCUAGCUGCAUACCAAAGGCGGCACCUUUCUGCCGCCGCUUCCUCUCGGAUAUUGGAUCCGCUGGCUGAGUGAUAGGGCUGUCAGACGAGGACCACCAUGAGCUCAUCUCCGGUCGACGCGUCCGCUUCCGAUGCCUCGUCGAUGCCCCAGAAGAGAUUCUCUAAUCUUCGAAGCGUCCGGUGGCGUAUUGAUCUUGGAGUGCUGCCAAGCUCGCCCCCGGCCUCGAUCGAUGAUAUCCGGCGCGUCACCGCGGACACCCGGAGGAGAUAUGCAAAUCUGAGGCGUCGUCUUCUGAUAGAUCAUCAUUCCCCUAAAAAUGGGAAAGCAUCUCCGGAUCUUACUGUGGACAAUCCUCUAUCACAAAAUCCAGAUAGCAAUUGGGGUCGGUUUUUCAGUUAUGCUGAGCUGGGGAAAAUGAUCGACCAAGAUUUGUCUAGGUUAUAUCCUGAACAUAGUGGCUACUUUCACACUCCUAUACGCCAGGCAUUGCUUAGAAGGGUAUUGCUGUUAUGGUGUCUGCAGCAUCCAGAGUAUGGAUAUCGACAAGGAAUGCAUGAAUUAUUGGCUCCUCUAGUCUAUGUGCUUCAUUUUGAUCUGGAUCACCUAACUCAAGUGCAAAAGCUUUAUGAAGAUCUUUUUAGUGAUGAAUUUGACAAAAUCUCCUUCCCUGAAGGCGACUUUCUCUCUAGUCACAGGAUUAGAAGAGUAAAAAACUGGGAGUCUGGGAUUGAAAUAGAGAAUAAUCUUCACAAAAUAUGCAAUGACCAUAGUCUGCAUGAACUUGAUCCUGAUACCAGGGAAAUGCUUUUGCUGAGUGAUUCUUAUGGAGCAGAAGGUGAGUUGGGAGUUAUUUUAUCUGAAAGGUUUAUGGAACAUGAUGCUUAUUUCAUGUUCGAGAAUUUAAUGUUUGGAGCCCAAGGUGUGGUUUCCAUGGCAAGUUUUUUCUCUCCUGUAGCUGGAUCCAAUUCAAAUUUACCUCCUGUCAUUGAAGCCUCAUCAGCAUUAUAUUAUCUACUAUCAAUUGUGGAUUCUUCUCUUCAUAGCCACCUUGUUGAGCUUGAGGUGGAACCUCAAUACUUUGCCCUUCGAUGGUUACGUGUUCUGUUUGGACGAGAGUUUUGCCUUUAUGAUCUUUUGGUGAUUUGGGAUGAACUAUUUUAUUCUUCGAAUAGUAGAUACAUAGACAAUGAUGUGGAAUUCAACUUUGAGGUUUUAUGUUCUCCUCGAGGAGCAUUUAUUGCAGCUUUGGCAGUCUCAAUGCUUCUCUAUGUACGAUCUUCGCUUUUAGCCACUGAAACUGCAACCACUUGCCUGCAACGAUUACUAAGUUUUCCACAGAACCCUGAUAUGAAGAAACUUAUAGAGCAGGCAAAAUCACUGCAGAUGCUUGCUCUUGAAUCAAACAUAUUGUCCUCGCCAUGCCAAACAUAUUCAAACAAGAAUCAGCUCACGAUCAGUAGAGGUUACAGUCUUCCAUCAGCUUCAGCUUUGGCUAAGACUUCACUUAAUGUAAUACCAGAUAGAUAUUGGGAAGAGCAAUGGAGAGUGUUGCAUAAGGAUGAAGAACUCAGAAAACAGAGCAAUGGUCACUCGAGUUCAAGUGGAAUUAUGAAAAAGAUUUUGACUAAAAGAUUAAGUUUCUCUAGGACAAAUUCGGAACCCUUUGAGGGGAAUAAUGCUCAUGCUCUGUCUUCUGUUAGGCGAAGACUUUUUGGUGAUUCAUCUGAAGUUAUUGAAGUUGCCAAAGACCAUGUUAAAUCUGAAUGUAAUGAGUCUCCUGUUAUUUCAGACAACUUAAAUGUUGGAAAAGGUUUUCCAGAGGAAUUGGCCGAUCAAAGGACCUCCAAUUGCAUGGUUGAAGAAACACUUUUGAGUGGUCAUAAUGCGUUGGUGGUUUCCACACCUACUAGUCCUCAUGACAUAGGUAAUGACCAUGAAAAUGAGUCGGAGAAAAGCAGUAUCACUUCAAAUUCAUUUCUUGGUGACAAUGAUGAGGAAACAAUUAGCACAGAAGAGUCUUGUAGUCAAAAUAAGCAAGAUGAAGAAUCAACUAAUAUGGAGGAGCCUUGUUGUCAAAAUCUCGACAAACAGUUGGCCCAAGAUGCUGAAGCCACUUCAUCUGGCGAUGUUGACUCUAUACCAGAACAAAUAGCAGCUCCAAAGGACCGGAAACCAUUUGCAGGUAAAUUUCAGUGGUUAUGGAGGUUUGGUAGAGGCUCUAAAGAAGAAAAUCAAGAGUCAAAAAGAUCGCAAAAUGCUGGACAUACAGAAAAGGAUAGUUUUGACAUUUCACAUUGUGAUGGAACCUAUACUUCCUGUGGAAUAAAUAAGAGGAUUGAAGUGGGAGAUAAGAAAGUGAUGGACACUAUAAGAAAUCUUGGGCAGUCCAUGCUUGAGCAUAUUCAGGUGAGAUAUUCUUAUUUAAGUUUGGUGAUUGAGACAGUUUUCCAGCAAGAUAAGAGCAAAUUUGACUCAUUGGAUAACUUAUCAAACAACAUUCUUGGAGGCAAAGGUCAGGGUACAGCUAUAGCAGCUUUGAAGGAGCUACGGAAGAUCAGUAGUUUACUUCGAGAAAUGUAAGAUAGCUGUAUAUCUCUUGUACAAGUCGUAAGUACAGUCUUCUAUGGCUUAAUCAUAAAAAAUAAUAUUUAGAUUCUUUUUCCAA